AUGACUCAGAUCUUGCAUAUCUCCACAACCACGGUCAGACCAACAACUCAGAACGAUCAAUUAACAGCUCCUAAAAUUGAGUUAACUCCAUGGGAUCUGAGACUAAUUCAAGUUGAUUACAUUCAAAAGGGGAUUCUCUUCCACAAAUCAGCAGAGACAGAAGACAGCAAUGUCAGCUUGGUACAACGCCUAAAAGACUCUCUUUCCCGCACCUUGAACAUCUUUUACCUGCUUGCUGGCCGCCUGGUUGUAUCUGAAAAUGCUGAAGACAUCACUGUUUCUAUCUCCAUCAAGUUUCAAAACUACGAAGGAGUUUCGAAACCACUUCUAUCAGCAAAAGUGACUGAGCUUGUUGAUGGCAUCUUUAUCGGUUGCAGCCUAAACCACGUGGUUGCCGACGGUACUUCUUUUUGGCAUUUCUUUAAUACUUGGGCAGAAAUCUCUUGUUCUGGCUCCCAUAAAAUUUUGCAACCUCGUCCCAUUUUUGGCGACAAUUUCUUAGCGGGGUAA